GCUACUGACCACUAUACUGACAUCAACCUGCCUAACCUUCUAACCUAACCUAAUCUAACCCGAUCUGACGUGUUCGUGAAUCGCGGGGCGGUUUGACAGAUAAACCUGAUCCUGAUCAGAAAAUAGGCACAAAAUAAGGAAUCGAAUGGAGACAAUCGUUUGAUUCAUCUGAGAUUAUUUCCAAUGCAGAUAUGGGGCCUCCCCCAGUAGUUACAGGGAUAUCUCCAAAGGAAGGGCCACCAGGAACGCGAGUGACAUUGAGGGGCGAGUUUUUAGGAGAAAAAGCGCAGGACCUGAUAGGUUUGACCAUCUGCGGAUGCGAGUGUCUUUUGUCAGCCGAAUGGAAAUCACCAAACAAAAUCAUCGCCCGCUCUGGACCAGGUAAAGGACGAGGCGAUAUUAUAGUCACAACAAGAAGUGGAGGCCAGGGCACUUCAACUGUCCAAUUUCGUGGCUACCAUGAAACCAUUGGACCCAUGAAAGAAUCUGCUGUAUGGGUUGAAGAGGCACCCAUGCAGAGCUUGGUAUGGGGAAGACGAGCUCUGUCACCUACUAAUUAUCAGCAGGAGGAUCCGUUGGGACUCAGCGUCGAAGGAAAUGAUAAGAAAUUUCCCGAGGAUGAAUUAAUCGAGCUAUUUGGCGAUGGUAGCGGUGAACUGGCCAGUGAGAAGUUUCACCCAGGCUGGUUUUUAUUACAACACCAUCAUGCUACUAAUCUAGAUGAUCUUAAGGCAGGAUUAGCUUAUCUCAGACGCAAAGUUCACUCACAAAAAGAGGGUCAACUGUCUUUUCUCAAGGCUAAUGUUGGUUCGGUGAUGGAGCAAUUAGAUACAAUUAUGCUACUGAAGGAACAAUUCGAGUCAGAUGUACAAAGAAAUGGCAAAGAUCCAACAGAGAAACUUGAAAAAGCUAUCAAAGAUUCAAUGGCCGAAGCUGACAAACUAUUUCACGAUGUCUUGGCUCGAAGAGAUAAAGCGGACGCUACAAGGAAUGCCUUAUCUUUGAUGCAACGCUAUCGAUUUUUGUUUUGCAUGCCAGUAAACAUCGAGAAGAAUAUAAAGGGAGGAAAUUACGAGUUGGUAAUCAAUGAUUAUGCCAGAGUGAAGAAUCUAUUUGGUAAUACCGAGUUGGAAGUUUUUAAAAAAGUAUUGAACGAAAUCGAAGUUAGAAUUGGAAAACUUAGAACUGUGCUCCGAAAAAAAUUGGAAGAAAUGCCGGUCACUUUGGAUGAGCAGAAAAAAAUUAUAAGAAAUUUAGUAAACCUCGCAGCUGAAGGAGAUCCAGCAUGGGAUGCUAUAGCAUCACAUGCUCAUUAUCUAGAAAAAAGUGUGACAGCUUGUAUAAAUGAGUAUUUAGAAUCUGAAAACGCUGGUGGUGAUGAUUCGAGUAAAGCGCUAAAGUCAAAUGGAUUGACGCCAACAUCAGUCAAACAAUUAAGGAUGCAACAAAACGAGGAAAACAAUGUACCGCCACAGGUUCUAUGUGUUGAAGCUAUUUGCGAUGUGGUUACAGAGCAAUUACCAGACUUAUGGCGCUUAGGACAGAGCUAUUUUACAGGACAAUUACAUGUCACUGUUGAUAUAGAAAAACAAAUUCCCUUCAAAAGCCUGGUUUUGUCUAGUAUGCAACAUGCAGUGGAUGCAAUGAAAACAGCUUGUGGGACAAACUUGGAUGCUUCUUGGCUUCUUCACAACUUGAGAUGUAUUCGACAAACGUAUGCAUCUUUAAUUCAUUUGGAUUUACCCAGUGAAGCCUUAGACAUAUUUGGCAAAUACUUAUUCGAUCUUAGGUUACAGUGCUUGGUGGCAUUGUUCAAGCAAACCGCAGACAAAAUAUCUGCCUUACAUCGUAAGGAAACUUGGAAAAUUGAAUAUCUGAAUGAACACGGAGGAGUAACACGACUGCCAGGUCUUUUUGAAGAAAUGGUACUAGAAGUGUCGAAACUAGCUCGAGAAACAGUAAUAGCUUGCGGACCUCGAGAACUCCCUUUGCUGGCACAUACUAGUCAUCAAACUCUGUUUCAUAAUGCGGUAAAAACACUAUUUACUGCUUUUGCAAAAUGUCUACAACAGCUGGCUUUCAGUGGAAGUGAAGAAGCUAUGGACGAUGAUGAAUCCUCAGUAUCCCAACUGAUUGGUUCUCCAGUUGGCUAUAGAACUAGAGAUAAGCAACAAGGGCCGACAUGGGAGCAGUGUUUACUAAUAUCACUGAGUAACAUUCGUUAUACUCUAAAUACAAUAAUACCACAUGUUAACGAUGCACUGAAGCAGCAUGGUUAUCCACCAUUAUCCUUAACCAUGAGUUCGAAUACUGAUUGGACUCAAUUGGAUACAUUGGAUAGUGCUGUAUUAGACGCAUAUUUGGAACGUCGCUGCGAUCCCCUUGUCGGUACCAUAGAACCAAGUAUGUACUUAGGUGGUCUAGAAUGGCAUUUGGACAUUGAGCCCUCACAUGUGAGGCCUUACGUACAAGAGGCUUUGACCAAUCUGAUUGCAGUUCAUGCAGAGGUACGACGGGUUUCGCCAGGUUUAUUGAAGAGAGUUUUAUCACACAUUGUCGAAACAGUUGCUGAAGAAUUAGCACGGCUGAUGUCUUGUGUAACUCGUUUUAGUCCUUCAGGAGCUGUUCAAGCUAGGGUCGAUGUUACAUUACUGAGGAGUGCCGUCCACUCUUAUAUUACUCCGAGAGCUGGGAGCUUUUUUGAAGAAGCACUGGAUGCGAUUUCUGAACCAGUCCGUAAAGAGGACUCGCAAAGAAUUGACGCUCUAUUACGCAAAGUGGCUUCCUCCAUGCGCCUACAACUUUCCUGUCUUGCUGAUGAUUCAUCAGAUGGCGUUAUUCUGGAGGGAUCUGAUCCAAAUCGCGCGACAACAGUUUAACUUCCAUUCGGAAAUUUGCUCCUUCAGCACCAACAAUACAUGGUAAACCGUAUUCUCUCGCUACAACAGCUCCGUGACUAAUGAGACCUCCAAGUUCAGUGACCACACCACCCAAUAUUGGAAAAUAGGGGCUCCAACCAAUAUCGGUGCACUGUGUUAUUAAUAUAUCACCAGGCUUCAGUUGUACAGCAUCGUUUACAUUAGUGAUAAUACAAGCGCGACCUAGGACUGUCCCUCCACAGACUGGCAUUCCUGAUAUCCGAGCACCUCCCUCACGGAUUUUUGUACUGGGCUCUGCCUAAAUUGAACAAAUAUUCUUAUAA